AUGGUGGCAAGAAUGGGUGCAAGCGUGGAAGUACUUAUGGAGCAAAGUCAGCAUUUUGAUGGGCUUUUACUUGAGGCUUUUGAGAGUGGAAGUGAACCGCAAGUGAUAGCAAAAUUGUUUGGAGAAAUGUUCAACCAAGUUUUGAAAAGUAUCUGGGCAUGGCUGUUCACAGAGAACAUAUCAAACAUUGGGAUUUAUGGUGAGGAUGAAGAGGAUACUAGGGCGGCCAAGUUAUCUAGGGCCGGGGUGCAGCUGUCUGGAUUAAUACUGGCCGAUAUUUGUGACGGCAUUGGAUAUGGCUCUGUAGAUGGUAAUAGUGGUGGUUAUGGGACUAGAAGCAGAGGCAGCAAUGACGGCAGUGGAUAUGGCUCUGUAGGUGGUAAUGAUGAUGGGUCGGGUGGAGGUGGUGGUCCAAGCAGUAAAUAUAGUCCAGGUGGCGGCGGUAAUGGUGGUGGAUGGAAUGAUGGUAGCUAUGGUCCUGGUGCAAACUACUUGAGACCAAAAUGA